UUGAAUUACAAUAAUAAUGGGAGGUGGUGUUCGGGGGAGGGGGGCUCUUUAUCCCUGCGUGUCCAUAAAUCGCCUCUAAUGACAGUCGGGCAGGGAAGAGUUAAAGGGAGGAGACGGAGAGUGACACGCCUCAUUGGGUAGAUUAUGUGCCGCAAACAAAAAGUGUGUGUCUGCGUGCCAGUCAGCCAGAGCUGCGGCCCCAUCUGUGCGCCUGCGUCUGCCUCUCUGUCUACCUUCAUCCGUCCUCCGUGCGCCCCGCCGCAGCACUGUCACUUUCAUCGCGCCGGGGGGGGGAUAUGAACUGACUGUGGGCCCGCCCGGGAGCGCGCCACCACCUCCGCCGAGUCUCCAGCUUGAUUCCGGAGCCUUAUAGUCGUUGCUGAAUUCUUCUUCUUCCCGGGACUGCGCCGCUCCUGCGCUCUCCGGCCGUCUGUGGAUUAUAGCUCACCCUGCUCAAAGAGUGCCAUGGAGGAGUCCGGCUCGCAGAAGAUGGUCUGGGACGGGGACGCCAAAGCGGUGCAGCAGUGUCUCACGGACAUCUUCACGAGCGUCUUCACCACGUGCGAUAUCCCCGCGCACGCCAUCUUCGGGCCGUGCGCGCUCAGCCACACGUCCCUGUACGACAGCAUCGCCUUCCUCGCGCUGAAGUCCACCGACAAGCGCGCGGCUCCGUACAUCUUCAGGGUGGACACGUCGGCGGCCAACAGCACUUCGGAAGGUCUGAUGUGGCUGCGGCUGGUCCAGUCCGCUCGGGAUAAAGAGGAGCAGAACCUAGAGGCCUACGUGAAGAACGGACAGCUCUUCUACCGCUCCCUCCGCCGCAUCGAGAAGGAUGAGGAGCUGCUAGUCUGGUACGGUGCGGACCUGAUCGACCUGCUGCUGCUCAGCUCCAGCAGAGCCCCCGCCAAGAGCAAAGCCUCAACCCAUCACACCUGCCCAGACUGCAACCAGCGAUUCCAGUUUGAGUUUCCCUUUUUGGCCCACCUGCGAUUCCGAUGCUCCAAGAGACUGCAGAGCAGCGGUUCAGCAGACGAGGAGUCCAGCAGAGACAGAGGCACCGAGCACACAGACAGCCCCCCAACCAGGACCAGCCCAAAGCUGGGCCGCUCCGAAGGCUUUGGAACCCCUCAGGACACCACCAAGCCCUCCACCGACUUCCACAACCUGGCCCGGGAUCUGGAGAAGAACCGAACGAGCCCACCGAGCGACAAAGAGGCCGAGAUCUGCAGCGAGAGCUCGGGGAAGAGGAAGUUCUCGGAUAUAGAUGAACGAGAAAGCCGAAGACCAGGCCUCCCACAGACCAAGUCCAAAGAUGAGCUGGAAGCUUCUGCACAGAACUACAGAGGAGCUUACAGCUUAGAGGAGAACCAGAGAUCCUUCUCCCCACCAGGUUCGCUGGAUCCUGGGGAGGCCAAGCGCAGCGCCUUCACAGAGGUCAGGAAGUCACCUCAGAAUCCAAAACACCACAGCAGCACCAGAAACCUCCCGAGCUCCAACUCUGAAAACAAAGAGGGAGGCCGUCCCAGCGGGAAUCCUCCUGAGAAGAGCCUGGGCAUCAGGCAGGUGCUGUCUGAGACGCAGCCGCCACAAAGCCUGUCGCUAGGCAGUGCGUUCACGUCCGUCAGCCAGCAGGGCGGCGGCAGUGGCGGGGAGAGGAAGAGUGCCUUCAGCCAGCCGUCCCGCUCCUUCUCACAGAUUUCCCCCUUAGUGAUGCCUCCAAAGCUGCUGGACUGCCACCCAGCGGUGGGUGAUACCAUCUCCUCCAACAGACUCUACCAGGCCGACCACCUCGCCGCCAAGCUGCAGGGAGCAGAGCUGGGAGCCAACUGCCCGGUGCCGGGUGCCAUGGGCAAGCAGAACCCCUUCGUCUACGCCACCGCCUUCUGGCCCAAGAACUCUGGACCCAUCCAGCUUCAGAUGCCCUCCGCCCUCACUCUGCUGCCCCCCUCCUUCACCUCCCUCUGCCUGCCCGCACAGAACUGGUGCGCUAAGUGCAACGCCUCUUUCCGCAUGACCUCAGACUUGGUUUACCACAUGCGUUCGCACCAUAAAAAGGAGUACUCCAUGGAGCCGCUGGUCAAGCGGCGGCGGGAGGAGAAACUCAAGUGUCCCAUAUGCAACGAGUCCUUCCGGGAGCGGCAUCACCUGUCCCGGCACAUGACCUCUCACAACUGACUUUUCGGACUUUGGCCGGGACGCCUGGAUUAAGGCUCCUGCUGGAGACAGACCACGUGAAAACACUAAACACCCUUUGCACCUCUUUUGGUUUUGGACACAUCCUUCACAUCUGUCUGUUUCCUUUUACUCCCUUGUGAAAAAGACAAACGUCCUGUUUGAGUAUGUGCAAAUGCAUUUUGACUUAAAAAUGAAUCUAUUUAUGAUGCACCUAAAAGUUUGAAAAUAAGGGAAGAUUUAAAUAUGUGUAAAUGUACAGGAAGUUGUAUUUUAUAUCAUGAAAAUGCAAAUAUUGAGAUGAAUUACGACCAUAGUCACACGUCGUCAUGGUUUACAGCCCAACCAGCAUUUUUAUGCUUUUACUAUGAAUAUGGACACAAAUUGGGGAUUUUAUGUCAGACUAUAUUUGCGUGCAUGUAAUAUGAGAUAUUGAUUUAAGAUGCAUUCUAUACAUUACGAUGUGAUUAAUUAGUUUUAUUUAAAAAGAAAAACAAAGUGUCAUAUUUUGUGUCAGUGGGGAAUAGUUUCAGUGUUUUCUUCCUUUUUGCAGAAAUUUACUACUCAAUAGUUUACCUAAUUUAUGUUGAAUGCAUUGACAAUAAAAUAGCUUUAUUUUCA